GUUAAUUUUGAAAAGUUUAAAGGAUUAGAUAAUAUAGUUACUAAUUUAAAAGAAAUUUUUACUUAUUCUUCAUCACGUAAAAAAAGAUGGCUUGAAUAUUUAACUUUAAAUACUAUAUUACAUUCAACAUUACCAUUAUUUGAUAAGGAUGAUAAUUUCUUUAAUUCAGAAAAUAUUACUAAUAUUACUCUUCUACCUCUUCCUAUAAAAACUAG